AGGUAUUUUUUUUUUUUUUUUUCUUUCUUUGUUUUAGAGAAAACUUUUCGAAAAAUCCCCAAUUCUCAAUUUGUUUAGGGUUUUUUUUGGUGGCGGAUCCGAUAAAUCGAUGGAUCUCAAAAAUUGCGCACCAGAGACGAUGACGACAAUAGGAGACUCGACCAAGUUUCUGGAGGCAACAGAACCAAUGGAAGAAGAGGCUUCUUCUGCUUUCCUGGCAAAACGUAAGGCCGAGUCUGACUCGGUUGAAGCAAGCGGCGAUGAAGAAUCUGAAGAUAAGAAUGAAGAAGAAGAAGAAGAAGAAGAAGAAGAACCCGUGAGUGAAGCUUUGGCCCACUAUUAUAAAUUCCUUGCAAGACGUGAGGCCGGUCCAGUAGAAGAAGAAGAAGAGAGCGGCGAUGAGAAAGAAGAGAACGUCGAUGAGAAGGAAGAGAGUGUAAUGGAAUACUCCUACUCUUCUGGAGGUACGCUCACCAUAACGCCCAAGUGGUGGGUCGAACCUGAAUGGGAUGUGGACAGCUUCGAUGGUCUCGAAUACGAUUCUUCUCAAGAGGAAGAUGCAAUGUCCGAUGAAGAGCUUGAAAGAAAGUGGCGCCGCUUUAAACGCCAGCUCAUCCAGAGCAAGGGCUUUUACGUGGAGCCGGAGCUUAUACCAAUGUACUCCUACUCACGAAUUAAUUCCGUCGUUAGUUUGGAACUGUCUGCGGGUGGUGGCCAAACCUACCGCGAUUACUUUGCAGAGAGGGCCAUUAAUUGUGUACAAAAGUACAACCAAGAGAACAGCGCCAAAAAUGGUUUCAAUGUGGAGUUUGUGGAAGUGGUGAGAGGUACAUUUAGAGGAGGACCUAAAUCUAAGUCGUACAUUACUUUUAUGGCUAGGGAGAAACCUGAUGGCCCUCUUGUCGAGUAUCAAUGUAAGGCUUGGUCUACCUUUGUUCGACACGAGCACUAUCCCAUCCUCUGUAGACCUGCUCCUCCUAUUCCUACUCCGAAUCUGUCAAACCAGAACUAGUAAAGAAAUUAGACUGGCUGAUGGAGAAGAUGGACUCUUAAAAAAGAAGAAGAAGAAGAAGAUGGGAAUCACUUUGGCUGAUGCAGAGGAUGGAGUUCGCACCAGAUUAUCUAGUAUGAAUUCGUAUGUGUUAAACAUUUCAACUUAGUAAUAAAAGCACUUUUAUUGUGUUGCCAAUAUCUAAGUUUUAGGUGCUUAUCUCUAUGUUAGUUAAAUUAACUUGUCACUUGUCAGUGUUUGUGUCACAAAUCGUAAGAGACUUAAUUAAGCGUUUGUGUUUAUGAACUUUGGAAGCAUGACAUGUCUCCUUUGAUGUAGAAGUAUCCUCAGUAAUUGGGAUUUCUUUUGAUGAC